AUGGCAUCUAUCAACAAGAUUGCUCUCGUCGCUUUGAGCGCGGCGACCGGAGUCAAUGCAUGGGGCUCACUAGGCCAUGCUACAGUGGCAUAUGUUGCCCAGAACUAUGUUACUUCCGAGACAGCGGCAUGGGCGCAAGGUGUUCUCAACGAUACCUCUAGCUCCUACUUGGCAAGCAUUGCCUCUUGGGCUGAUUCAUACCGCGCAACCACUGCAGGCAAAUGGUCCGCUCCAUUCCACUUUAUCGAUGCAGAGGACAAUCCCCCAACGACCUGCAAUGUCGACUAUGAGCGCGACUGCGGUACCUCAGGGUGCUUGGUGUCCGCCAUCGCCAACUACACCCAGCGUGUAAGCGAUGCCCGACUUACCAGCGACCACACCGCAGAAGCUCUCCGAUUCCUUGUGCACUUCCUCGGCGAUGUUACCCAACCGCUGCAUGACGAGGCUUACGAAGUUGGUGGAAACGACGUCGACGUCACCUACCAAGGGUACAGCGACAACCUCCAUGCGGACUGGGAUACCUACAUGCCGCAGACGUUGAUUGGUGGCAGCUCACUCGCAGACGCACUGACCUGGUCCAAGACUCUGGUCAGCGAAAUUAAUUCAGGAACUUACAAGUCCGAGGCGGCUAGCUGGAUCUCGGGAGAUACUAUCAGCGACGCUAUCACCACUUCUACUCGCUGGGCUUCGGAUGCUAAUGCUUUUGUUUGCACCGUUGUUAUGCCCGAUGGAGCUGCUGCUUUGCAGACCGGUGAUCUCUACCCAACAUACUACAACUCGGCUAUUGGAACUAUUGAGCUGCAGAUUGCGAAGGGUGGCUACCGCUUGGGUAACUGGCUUAACAUGAUCUACUCUUCUAAGAUUGCCAAGCGUGAUUUGGAGGGCCUUGUCAAGAUGACCCGAGAUGCGGCUCCGGACCUGUCGGGUCUGGAUCUUCUUCCUGAAGCUCGUCCUUUGAGCCGUGCUAAGCUUGCUAGGGCGGCGAUGGAAGGAUCAUGCUGCUCGGAGAAGCGCGAUCAUAAGCAUUAG